GUCCAGAAACUUCACUCAUGUAAAUAACGGCAAUUAGAAAGCCGUGUGCUACGCGCUGGGCAGCGACACACAUCAUAUAGCUAUUAAAUAUAUUUAUCAGCGUUCUUACUUUUAUUUUCUUUGACUAUGCCUCGGAAAAAGCCAUUUAGCAACAAACAGAAGAAGAAACAGCUGCAAGUCAAACGCGAGAGGAAGAGAGGUGACACAGGUUCUGGUCCAAGCAGCCGCAAUGCGAGUGUGGAGCGAGGAGGAGAACGCCAGUCAGACACGUCCGACAGCGAGACCACCGACAUCAGAAGAAUAAAUCAGCAGCCCAUUGGCAGAGAUGGCAGAUAUGAUCCUAACAAGUUUCGACUUCACUUUGAGAAAGAGAGUAGAGAGGAGGUGGAGAGGAGGAAGAGGCUGGCCAUGGAGACGGUGCUGAAACCAGUGUCGGAUAAAGAACUUGAAGUCAACAUAAAUGAAAUCUACCCUGCAGAGAAAGGUCUUUGCUUCCCACGGCGACCAUCUUGGACUUAUGAGAUGACCCGAGAGAGCCUGCUGAGGAAAGAAGAGAAGUCAUUCAAAGACUACCUGCAAGACCUGCACUCCAGAAACCCACCCGGCUCUCUGAGCCACUUUGAGCACAAUCUGGAGACAUGGAGACAGCUAUGGAGGGUUUUGGAAAUGUCUGAUGUCGUCCUUCUUAUUGUUGACAUAAGGCACCCGGUGCUGCAGUUUCCUCCAGAUCUGUACCAUUACAUCACAACGGAUCAACAUAAGCAGGUGAUCCUGGUGUUGAACAAAGUCGACCUGUGUCCUCCUCCACUGGUGAUGGCCUGGAAACACUACAUGACCUCCCAGUUUCCUCACCUGGAAAUAGUGUGCUUCACGUCCCAACCUGGACAAUCCUACAACACAGUGCUGCAGAAGAAGAGAAUGAGGAAGAAGGCUGACUUGCAUCGGGCUGGAGGUCUCAUAGAUCUCUUUAAGGCUUGUCAAGAGAUCACGGCGGGAAAAGUUGACCUGACCAGCUGGGAGCAGAAGAUCCAGAGAGAUUCUGUUUCAGAGCGGCUGGAUGGAGAGCCGCAUGACGACGGAGCCGACUCGGUGUUGGUGGAGCAUCAAAGUGACAGCGCUUUGGAGAUGAGCACCCAGGAGCGCUACAAAGAUGGAGUUCUCACUUUGGGCUGUAUAGGUUUUCCUAAUGUUGGUAAAUCAACUGUAAUAAACAGCCUAGUUGGGAGGAAGGUUGUGAGCGUGUCCCGAACGCCAGGUCACACCAAAUACUUCCAGACCUACUACCUCACCCCGACAGUCAAACUCUGCGACUGCCCCGGGCUCGUCUUCCCCUCCCUCGUCAAUAAACAGCUGCAGAUUCUAGCUGGCAUUUUCCCAAUCGCCCAGCUGCAAGACCCCUACACUUCAGUCGGUUAUCUGUGCGAGAGGAUCCCUUACCUUUCUGUGCUGAAGCUCAAACACCCCAGUUUGCAAGAGAAGGAUGCCGAGCAGAGAGAACAAGGUGCCGCGGAGCCGAGCUGGACCGCCUGGGAUGUGUGUGAAGCUUGGGCAGAGAGGAGAGGCUAUAAAACGGCGAAAGCGGCUCGCAACGACGUUUAUCGCUCAGCGAACAGUCUACUACGGUUGGCGAUUGAUGGCAGACUGUGUCUCUGUCUGAGACCGCCCGGCUACAGCUGCCUCAAAGAUCACUGGGAAAAUCACCCGGACCUGCCCGAGAUUAUGGCUCUUCAAGGAAGGACAGCAGAGGAGGAAGGAGGUGCGGAACGGGACGAGGAGGAGGACGGAGAAUCCAGCUCAGAGCCCGAGGAGGAGCAGGAUAGGGAUGCUGACGACGACGAGGACGGCGACGACGAAGACGAGGGGUUUGGACAUCAGAGGCGGAACGACGAGAAGCCGUCCGGGUUCACUGUCAACAUGUACAAUGUACUACGGGAAAAUGACUGUGAUUGAAAUAAAAGGAAGAGGAAUGCAGAGAAAUAUCUGUUCCUACUUUUUCCCCUA